AUGUCCAAGGAAACACAUCCUGUCUCACUCGGGUCACCUCAUGACGCUCAAUCCACUGCGACUCUCCGCUCCACGACAUCUCAUUCGAGCACCAACUCUGCCUUUGCCAGCAUUGGUAGAGCAGCCAAUAAGGCAGUUCAGCCCUCCUCGACGUCCAUCCCCUCCCAGCAUGUUCGCAAGCGGGAUAAGCUGUUCGGAAUCCUUCGACCAUCGACCCCAAAACCCAGGGACAAGCAGUCGCAGAGUCCCAAGUCAUCCCUUAACCAAUUGUCCACCGCUAGCAGCGAAGCAAAUCUUUAUCGCCUCUCAACUGUCAGUACUCAGUACAGUGGUGACAUCGAGUGUGAGAUUGAAGUUUCCAGCAGUGUUGACAUCGGACAUACAGUCUCCAUCACCGAGGUCAAAAGUUCUGCUUCCUGCGCCCAGCCGUCAGCUCUGCCGGCCAUAUCUCGCUUGAAUAUCUUCCGGCACAAUAUCAACGCUCCUGUUGUCCUCACCACUUUACCCAACUUCGGUUCCCGCAUCGACACCACCCCUCAGCUGGCCCUAUGCCUUGGCUUGCUCUCCAACAGUGUUGACACCAUUGACCAGCAAGAGGAUUCCUUGCAGGUCCUGUGGUCUAGCACUCCUGCCCAUCUUGCCUGGCUUCAUGCAAUGAAGCAAGACCCCAUUGAGCAAGAGCGUCUGCGCUGCCUAGGGGCUUGCAUGGUGGAUGAGUUUGCAAAGGACGCCUCCAAGGACUCGACCGAGAUUGCUGAAAUGGUACUUAUUGGUCCAGUGCUCGACAAUGAGCAUUUUCGCAGGUUGCUCUCUUGCACCAUCACGGCAUUCGACCAGGCUGCGCUUCUGGAUGUUGGUUUGCUGCAAGGUCUGGUGCAGUUGGUCCAGUCUGCUCCCUCCGAGACUCUACUCCCUGACGACUUGGUCAAGAUCCUCCGUAUACUCAGAGUUCGUCUGCAGGACACACACCAGCAGUCGUCUGUUCAUCCCAUCCAUCUCACUUUGGCUGUCUCGAGGUUGCUCGAUGUCAUGGUGGAGCACAAGGUCAAGGACUUGGAUCGAGUUGAAGAGCACGAACCUCUUUCUGGGGUGUUGUCGGGGUUGAAGGCCAGUUCAGAUCCCUACUUGAUGUAUCAGGCAUGCUAUGCGUUCCAAGCGCUGCAGUAUGUGCCUAAUAACGAGACUCCGCUGCAGGCCGUCCUCCGACAUUCUACUGGGGUUGUUGAUGGGCUCGUCAAAGUCUCGGCGGUGUUUAAGCUGGAUCUGGGAGCAGUUCUCGAGGGACUCGGCAAGCUGCAGGAGACCCUUGGUGGUGUCAUUGAGGUUACUGGUAGUGUCUAUGAUGGCGCCAGGUCGCUGAUGGAGAGUGGCCGAGGCGUGCUUGAGAGCAUGAAGGAGGGGUUGGGGUCUGGUCAGAAACGUCCGUGGUACACCGCCGUCCGUGCCGCCUACGCCUUUGCUCAAGCUGGCCAACUCAAGGAUCUCAACGUUCUCAUCUAUGAGGCACCCUGUCGUCGUGACCCCUUGUUCCAAUGGGGUAUCUGCCAGUUGCUGGGUGAGAUCGCUUCCGAAAACAUCUGGGACACCAGCGUCCGCCUGCAAGCCGUCGCUCUUCUUAGAGAGCUGUACAUGAACGAUCCUUUGUGGGGUCAGGAUGAGAGCGUCAGGACUUGGAUGCUAAACAUCAUCCGCCAACUCGGAACCACUACUGACCAGGUCGUCAGUACCAGUGCUCACACCUUGCUCAAGGACCUCGACCAGGACCAAGAAACUGCCACCCGUCUUCCUUACCCACUCAGGAGCCGCCUUCCUCUGCCUGCAACCUCCCCUACGCUCGCUCGCGUUCAGAAUAUCCCUCCUCUCGAAUACAAUCUCCACAAGCACAAAGAGUUCUUGGCAAGCGAGCAUCAAGUGAUGUUAAUCCUAGGUGACUCUGGAUCCGGAAAAUCGACAUUUAAUCGCCAUCUCGAGCAUCAACUCUGGACCGACUAUAAGCAAGGCGGACCCAUUCCAUUGUUUAUCAAUCUUCCCGCCAUCGACCGCCCCGACCAGGACAUGAUCGCCAAGCAGCUGAGGGCCAACAACUUUAGUGAUGACCAAAUCCAGGAGAUGAAGCAGCACCGCCAACUCAUUCUCAUCUGCGAUGGGUACGACGAGAGUCAGCAAUUGGCCAAUCUGCACCAAACCAACAUGCUGAACCAGCCAGGACAAUGGAACACCAAGAUGGUCAUCAGCUGCCGUACCCAGUUCCUCGGACCCUCAUAUAUUGAUGGCUUCAAACCACUACCGACAGAUCGCUACGCCGCUGACUCAAAGGAUCUAUUCCAGGAAGCCGUCAUUGCCCCUUUCUCCAAGGACCAGAUUGAGAACUAUGUCGGGCUGUAUGUGCAGAAUCCACAUACGGCACUGUUAUUCCAGAACCAAGCUAUGUGGUUGGCAAAGGAGUACAUGGACAAGCUGACAACGAUCCCCAAUGUCAAGGACCUCGUCAAGAACCCGUUCCUCCUCACGCUUGCUCUCAAGGCUCUGCCUCGCCUGGUUGCCUCGAAUAACGACCUGUCAAGCCUUCAUGUCACCCGGGUCGGACUCUAUGAUAUGUUUGUUGACCAAUGGCUGGAAACGAAUUGUCUCCGUUUGCGUAUGAGCACACUGAGCACGGAGGAGAUAACGGCAUUCAAAUCGCUAGUUGAAGAUGACUUUAUUGGAUGCGAGAUCACCUACUUGCUGCGUCUCUCUGCGGAAAUCUUUCAGGAGCAGGACGGAAACCCGAUCGUCCAGUAUAUCCAUCGACAUGACAAGGACUCCUGGAAGGCAGCAUUCUUUGGUACUGACCCUGAGGUCAAGCUGCUCCGCGAAGCCAGCCCAUUGAUGCGCACUGGGAACCAAUACCGCUUUGUCCACCGGUCCAUGCUUGAGUAUUUCCUCUCCCGCGUCAUCUACAACCCGGCCAAGGUUGACGAGCGGGAUUAUGACUCAUCAAUUGAGACUGCAUCCCCAGCUUCCCUUUCGUCCGACACCAAUGGCCCUUUAUUCCAGAGAAACUUGCUCAAGGAGCCGUCGAUUAUUCAGUUCCUGUGCGACCGCGUGAGGUUCCACCCGCAUUUUGAGGUAUACCUCCGCGCUGUCAUCGACCAGUCCAAAACCGAUUCCAGUGCCACCAUCGGCGCCGCCAAUGCCAUUACGAUCCUGGUCAGAGCCGGCGUUCUGUUCAACGGAGCUGAUCUCCGUGGCAUCAAGAUCCCUGGCGCCGAUCUUUCUGACGGGCAAUUCGACUCUGCUCAGUUCCAAGGCGCCGACCUGACGAGAGUCAAUCUCACGGGAAGUUGGUUGCGACAAGCGGAUUUGAGCCAUUCACAGCUGGAAGGUGUCCGGUUCGGAGAACUGCCAUACCUCAAGGCGGAAGGUUCCGUAGAAGCCUUUGCCUACUCGCCUGACGGAAGGAUGCUUGGAGUGGCGAUAUUGGGUGAUGGCGUUGGCAUCGGGAUUUACGACACCUCUACGUGGCAACGAUUUCAUCUAUUCACAGCCAUUCAAAAUGUCCGAGCUGUCGCGUUCUCGCCUGACAACCAAAGAAUUGUAUCUGGAGACGGGGAAGGAAUGGUUCGGUUGUGGGAUUGCACAAGCGGCGAGGAGUUGUUAGCUAUGAAAGGUCACACUGAUUGGAUAAACUCAUUGGCGUACUCGCCUUGCGGCAACCAUAUUGCCUCGGCCAGCCAAGACAAAGCGGUGCGACUGUGGGAUUCGGAGACAGGAGUGUGCAUCUUUGUUUUGGAAGGUCACACUGAUUGGGUCGCUAGCGUCAGGUUUUCCCCGAAUGGAUGUCAAUUAGUAUCAGGCAGUCUUGAUGGGAGGAUUCGGCUUUGGGACUCGAAGACAGGAGAGCCAGGGGUCGUCUUGAGUCCUUCUUUGGGAGAGAUUCACAGUCUUGCCAUUUCUCCAGACGGCCGAUGGAUAGCUUCCGGCCACGAUGACGGCAAUGUGCAGUUGUGGGAUAUGCACUCCGGUAGCCCAGGUCCUGUACUACAAGGCCACACCAUCACUGUUACUGGAAUCGCAUUCUCUCCGAACAGUCAAUUGAUCGCCACUUCUAGCGACGACCGCAGGGUGAUGUUAUGGGACGCAUCCACAGGCGACAUUAUUUCGACGUUUGACGGUCACUUGAGCUAUAUAUGCGACGUUGACUUCUCUCCGGACGGUCUUACCAUUGCAUCGGGAUCUAAUGACAGAACAGUGCGACUAUGGGAGGUGAAUUCCAGUAGGUCCAGCAUUGCGAUACAAGAUCAGAUCGGUGACUCUGCCCUGGUGGCCUAUUCUCCCGAUGGCCUAUCUGUCCUCUCUAUCGAUCACGUACUUGUCCUCUCUAUGUAUCACCUUGGUGUUAUCCGACAGGGGAAUGCUACGACAGGAUUGCGCGGAUCAGUGUCGUUUGAGUUUCCGGACCCAGAGAUGAUCUACGACGUGGCGUUUUCGGCGGACGGCAAUCAAGUCGCAACCGGGUGCGGGGAUGGUGCAGUGCGAUUGUGGGACCGCAGCACUGGCGUAGCUGGACCAAUCUUGAAGGGGCAUUCGGGCGCGGUGAAUAUUCUUGCUUAUUCAACCUGUGGUCGCUGGAUCGCCUCUUGCGACUACGAUGAGCUUGUACGAAUAUGGGACCUCCAUGGCACGGAGCAGCAAUACGUCCUUGUUGGAGGUGGAGACAAUAAUGAUCGGAUCAUUGCCGUGAAGUUCUCACCAACAGGGCACCAACUUGCGGUCUGCUCGGACGAUGGAAAAGUCUGGCUUUUCGAUCCACGAACAAGGGUUCUCUUGACGUCCAAGAAACUAUUAGAGGAGGAUGAGGUCCGGGUAUUGGACUACUCGCCCGAUGGCCAGCAACUUGCUUUGGGCACUUCGCGCUCGAUUGUCUUGUGGGACCUGCAGUCGGACGAGCCUGGUCUGGAAUUGAAGGUGCCUGUCAGUUCGUUUAAGCCCAUUGCUAAAUACGCGUGUGUCGCCUACUCGCCAUGCGGUCAGUUUCUGGCACACUCUAAAGACCAUAUUCUGCAUCUCUGGCAUCGUCAGUUGGUCGAAGGAGACAUCGAAAGCUGGUCUUGCGCAGCUACGCUUCGUGUGUUUUCUGUGCGAGUCGUAAGCCUGUCUUGGAACCCAGUUAUCCAAAAGGAGUUCAUCACAGCCAGCGACGAUAGGUCUGUCCGAGUAUGGCGAGUGUCGAGCAACGAUGGAACCGUGACCGUCAAGAUGCUCUGGGGAACCAAUCUUAGGAAGCUUUGCACCGCAGAUGUGGUUCUUGAGGGUGUAACUAGUCUGAGCCCAUCCCACCAGGAGUUGAUAUCUCAACGCUGUGCCUUUGACGGGGUGUUGCUUUAG